CGCGCUAAACAGAAAAGUAAUUUCGAGUUAGUUUUUUGUUUGGAUGUAUUUGCUCCAAUUGAAUACUGUGUGGGCUUAUAUUGUUAUUAGAAUAUGUACCGCCCACGACGGACCUCAGAGUUUCAUGAUGACGCCCGGGAUGAUGGCAACGUCCCUAACAAGCGGCAAACAAGGACGCAGCUACGCAGCACAACGUCAUCCGCACACAAACCAAGUCAGAUGCUUCACAGCAACUGGCAGCCGCAGUCACGGCAGUUCAGCCAGGAUCGGGAUCGUGGCACGCCACUUCGCACGGGUCCGCCACCCACAACAAAGCGGAGUGUGGCCAAUGUCAAUAGGAACAGCGUGACACCGUUGCGGCAUCGGCAGGCAUCGUCGGUGGAGCGGCCUGUGGUGCUGCACACGGAUAAGAAGUGGGUGCAGGAGCAGUCGCAGCUUAUAGCUGAAUAUUUGGAUGAAAUGGCACAGAUUCAUGCUCUGCAAGGCUUUCCCAACGAGUUCUUUAGCCGAGGUGGCUCGGCACUUCGCCAAAUGACGAUGAAACAAUUUGUGGGCAUUGUAAACUUUUUCCUGCAAUUUAUUUGGCGCAAUCGCAUCAGCGUGGGAACCAAUCAUGUUGAGGAUAUAACGAGAGCCUUGCAUAAGCUCAAUUAUCCGUAUCAGGUGAACAAGUCCUGGCUAAUGACACCGACCACACAGCACUCGUUUGGCCAUGUCGUCGUUAUGCUUGACUUCCUCAAGGACUUCGCGCCGCCGUCGCCAGCUCAGCAGCAGGCAUCUGGCCAAUACGAGGAGUUCCCCUUCAUGGAGACCAGUGAACAGCCCAGCUAUGUGCAGAACACCCUCGAUUCCAUGGCCCUAUCUGACACACAGGCAAGCAGCGUGAUGCUCAACGAGGAGACGAUUCAGUUGCUUUUCACCAGAGCGGCGGACUGCUUUGCUGUGUGGGACAAGCAAAAGUUGGAAGAGUAUGCGGUGCUAAAGCGCGAGAGUAGCGAUCGCAUCAUAAAAAGCCUUUGUGACUUGCCUGAUACGGCAGCUCUGGACGCGGACGUCACAUGCCAGCAAAAGGAGUUGCAGCAGCUGGAGGAUCAGCUGCAGCUGCAUACCAAUAACAAUCAGGAGCAGCUGGAACAGUUAAGAGCCCAGGAUCAGCGUCUGGCGUUUGAUCUGCAAACCAUGCAAAACAAUACUAAGGAAUACCGUGACCAGAUUGAGCAGCUAUGUGCGCGUAGUGCCCAAAAUGCCGACAGAAUGUUGGUACUGCGCAAGGAGCGACAGCAACUGCACCGCGAAGUGGGCAAACAAAAGUGCUCAGCCGAAGAGUUCCAGCGUAUGAAGGUGCUGUUGAACGAUCUGGAAAAUGAGGAGCAAUUCUAUAAGCGGCAAAUGCGCGAAUUCACUGAGCGCGGCUACAAUCAGCAGGUCCGACUGUCGCGUGCCAAGAAGCAUUUGCUGGACAAGGUGGAGAAAUUUAACACACACGCGCAAAACAUUGGUCUUGACUCGGACAUAUGCAGCGCCAGCGAGAAGGAGAAACUGGAGUUGGUAUUGCCGCUGCCACCACAGCAUUCCGACAUUCAGGCACGCAAUCGGCGUCUGACCAAACUGCUCGCAUUGCUGGAUAAGCGUGGCGCCCAGCACGAGGAGCGGCGUCGGCAUCUGGAGCAGAACAUUGCCGAAUUAACGCUUCAAAAUAGAAAUCUUGAUGUUGAACUUAACCAGUUAAAUACACAGAUUCAGUCAUAUGAGCAGCAAUUGGCGCAACUGCAUCAGAACUUUAAGACCAACAGCUCCAUGUGGGCACAGAAUCAACACCUAUUGGAGGAACGCAGGCUUGCACUCAGUGUAAAGGUCGAGCAACUUCAGCGGGAACAUCGCGAACUAACUGAGCUCUUGGAAAACAAAAGACAACAGAAUGAGGAAACCCUCAGCGAUGCUGAACGCCGACAACAGGAGCGUUUGUGCGCCAGAUACGAUUUUCUUAAGAAAUACCAAGAGACCCUGGCAAAUGGCGAGGAGAAGCUCAAAGAAUUCAAUGCGAUUUAUAAGCAAAACGAGCUCAAACUGGCCAAUCUAAAAAUGGAGCUCGAAAGCAUCGAGUUGCCGCCAUUUGAAGACGAGCUGAAUGAAGUAUUUAAAAAUGCUAAAAUUAAUUAAUUAACUAGUAUGUUGCUUAGAAUGUUUCAUGGAAUAAGUUAUAAAAACUGAGUAUGUUAUUGCCAACAGGUAUAUAUCAUAAAUUAUACACACCUUCAAGUUUUUGCUAAGAUGUCUUUGAUUU